GUCAAAUUUCAUCUCCACCUCUUUCUCCCGCGAAAUCACAACAGUUUUCUUUCAGGACGUCCGAGAUCCUCAUAACCGCCGGCUUACAGUAUUGGAUACAAUCAAUCAAAAUGCCUCACGCCGACUCCUCCUAUUUCGCCCCAGGACUGUCCAAGAAGGAAGUAUACGAGCAGGUCCUGGAGCAGACGAGGGGUCUUGUUGAUGGGCAGCGGAAUUGGGUUAGGUGAGUCUAUUCAAGGAUCACUUUUAAUUGAGCUUGUGUCUUUUCAAUGUUCAAUGUGGAUGUGCCAUAAGUCUCAUGAUAAAUCAAUAUAGCAACUUGGCAAACGUCUCUUCUCUCCUCUGGCACGCCUUCGCUGCUCUCCCAUCACCCUCUUCAUCGGUGAACUGGGCCGGAUUCUACAUUCGAGCGGACAAAUUUCCAGGGAACUCUGCAGACCAAAACAAGAACUUACUACUCCUAGGUCCCUUCCACGGCAAACCAGCCUGCCAACAGAUCCUCUUCGGCAAAGGAGUGUGCGGGACAGCCGCCGCGAAGCGGGAGACGGUUGUCGUCGAAGACGUGCUGUCUUUUCCAGGGCAUAUUGCUUGCGAUGCGGAGAGUAGGAGUGAGGUUGUUGUUCCUAUUUUGGUGGGGGAAGAGACGGUUGCUAUUAUCGACAUAGACUGUACCGAGACCUCCGGGUUUGAUGGGGAGGAUAGACGGAAUCUGGAGGCUCUUGCUGCUCUUUUGGCGGAGGCGUGUGAUUGGUAAUUUGUUUGAUGUUGGUAUACUUUUACUAUGCCUAAAAUCGAUAUUCAAGCGGUAUAUUCUAUUAAAACUAAUGUUAUCUGGUCGAGGAGGUUGGAUCCUUUCGAAACAUCAUACUGCGUGCUACUUAGGUGUCAUGUCACCUCAAUAGUUAUGAGCCACAUUCUGCAUGGCCAGGACCGCCCGUAUCGGCUUCUUCAACGUUACACUGCUUUUAGUUCCUCCAUUUUCAGCAUGCGUGUGGUUCUGAGCGUUCAGCAAUGAGCUUGAGCUGUAGGAUUGGCA